UCACACCAAACAAUCGGCAUCAUUUCAGACUAACGAUAAUUGACUUAGCUAGUUUUGAUGGAAAUAGAUAGUUUGCGUAACAAGACAGCUAGCAAGCUACAAAAUCAAGUAUCCAACAUUUGGUCAGCUGACAUGCACCCUCUUCCAAACCAUGUGACCAAACGACCUUUGUACCGGUAGUGGUCUUCAAAAAGCUAGCAUUAGCAGUUCACUUGUAUUUCUACAGAGAUCGCCUUUUCCUCUCACAUCAAGUACAAUAUCGACGUGCAUAGUAGGAAAACAAUACUGCUCUGCCAAGAGAUGCCCCUCUAGCGAACUCCUUUGAUGUAACACUACCGAGGCAGGAAUCACCGCUUUACAGCCUCCACUCUUCUGGGAAGGAUUUCUACUAGAUGUUGGAACAUUGCUGUGGGGACUUCCAUUCUACCACAGCUUCCAUUCUACCACUAGCACAUUAGUGAGCAUAUUCAUCAUAACAUCAAUAUCAUCAUCUGACUGGAGAGACACACCACUUAUUUUGGUUAAUCCACAUUCAACUCCCAAAGACCAGGUGGCUCAGGAGGAGGAAUCUGAGACGAAGGCAGCAGGAGGAUCCACCCAGCGCCAGCGGACCAACCAUGACCUCCAACACUGACAAUCGUCAAGACGGCCCAGGUCCAGUUCUCUCCAGGAUAUCAGCGAGCACCUCUGAGGAGGAUGUUCUCUGUCCUACUCCACCUCUCCCCCCAGGACCUGAUUCUCAGUAUGAGAGAAUCGGAGGCCAAACAGGGGCUUCGUUUUUACAGACCCUGAUCCACCUCCUGAAGGGGAACAUCGGUACGGGGCUGCUAGGUCUACCUCUGGCUGUCAGGAACGCAGGCCUUGUGUUAGGACCUCUGAGUCUGUUUGCCAUGGGGAUAAUAGCAGUCCACUGUAUGAACCUGCUUGUAAUCUGUUCCCACCACCUCAGUGUAAAGUUGAACAAGCCCUUUCUGGACUAUGGCGAUGCUGUGCAGUAUGGUAUGGAGAAUGUCUCGUGGCUGAGAAGGCACUCAAUAUGGGGGAGGCGGAUAGUGAACGUGUUUUUGAUCAUCACCCAGCUGGGUUUCUGCUGUGUCUACUUCGUCUUCCUCAGUGACAAUAUCAAACAGGUGGUGGAAGCUUCUAACGGGACAACCAUGAACUGCCACAACAACCAGACGGCUAUCACCGUCCCCAGCUUUGACUCCCGUCUCUACAUGUUGUGUUUCCUGCCAGCUGUUAUACUCUUGGUGUUCACCCGCAACCUGAAGUACCUGGCCCCCCUCUCUCUGGUUGCCAACCUGGCCAUGUGUACUAGCCUGGUCCUCAUCUACUUCUUCUGCUUCACGAACAUACCAAAUCGUAUCAGCCUGCCGAAGGUGGGUCAUGCCAAAGACUACCCUCUCUUCUUUGGAACGGCCAUCUUUGCUUUCGAGGGGAUAGGAGUGGUCCUGCCCCUGGAGAACAAGAUGCAGAAGCCUCAGAGUUUCAAUAUGGUUCUAUAUCUGGGAAUGGGCAUCGUCACCUUCCUCUAUAUCAGCUUGGGGACCAUAGGGUACAUCACCUUUGGAGAGGCCAUAGGGGGAAGUAUCACCCUUAACUUACCCAACUGCUGGAUGUAUCAGAUUGUAAAGCUGCUCUACUGUUUCGGUAUCUACAUCACCUUUGCCCUUCAGUUCUACGUGCCAGCUGAGAUCCUGAUUCCUCCGGUGGUGUCCCGUGUCUCCGAGAGAUGGAAACUGCCGGUAGAUCUUCUGAUCCGCGCUGCGCUCGUUGUUUUUACCUGUGUCCUGGCCAUAUUGAUCCCCCAGCUGGACCUGGUCAUCUCUUUAGUGGGGUCCAUCAGCAGCAGUUUCCUGGCUCUCAUCUUCCCUCCACUCCUCCAGAUCCUCACCUACCACAACGAAGGUCUGUCUCCCUGGGUCAUCGUCAAGAACACCCUGAUCUCUGUCAUCGGCUUCAUCGGCUUCAUCACCGGCACCUAUAUAUCCAUCACAGAGAUCAUCAAACGCAACGGCAGACAUGACAAUCUGGAUGUGACCUUCUUCCAGGUCCAGUGAGAGAUUUAGUGAGGAAGAGGAGGAUAUCUUGACAGUGGUUUGUCUGGCAAACAGUGGAGGCUGGUGGGUGGAGAAAUCUGAGGACAGGUUCGUUCUAGAAUGGAUGGUACCUUCCUCCGAUUUAAGGUGACACCAGCCUCCACUGCUGUCAAACAAUCAAACCCAGAAGUCCUCACCCUGGCAUCAGCCAUGUUUUUUGUUUUUCUCACUUGCUCCAUUGUCCAUUGAUUACACAUUUAUUGAUAUUGUGAGUCUGCUUACUGUUGUGGUUAUUGGUCGCUGUGGAACAAUUAUUUAAUGGAAUAUAAGUGUUAAAUCAACUAUUUUCUACACUAGCUGUAUAGCCAAGUAGAGAAUGUGUUCUUCUGACACGAGCGUCAUUCUCUCUGUGCCUCAUGAGCUUCGAUGUUUUUAACUUCUUAAUUUUAUUACAUACUUUUAUAUUUUAAACUCUGCUGUGCUGCAAGCGCACCUUCUAUCUUACAUGUUUUAUUAUUUUACGUUGAAUCAUUUAACCAAAUCAUUGAAUAUUGUGCAAUCGCAUU